AUAACUCUGCCGCCGCACGGAAGCUAUGGAAGAAGGCGACGAACGUUACCGCCGAAGAGAUCGGACGGUGAGGUCGGAGAUGAAGGAGCUGAUCAAAACGAAGGCUGAAUUGGAUCGAGCGAAAGACGAAGCGACGCAAUCCUGGCUCGAUUCGAAGCCGCUGAUCGACGAGCUCGAGAAGGUACAGUCCAAAGUGGACGCUGCCAAGAACAGGGGAUCGGGAGCGAGGGCGGCCAUUUCGGAAUUGAAAUCGGAGAUGGAGGCGAUUCACCGGCGGGUGAGGUCGGAGAUGGAGGGCGAGGUGAAGGCGAUGAAUGCGACGAACGAAUUGACUCUCGCCGUCGACCAGACCUGCAAAGAUCUGGAGGCAAUCAAGAUGGAGGCCGACGAGCAGCGGAGGGAGCGGAUGAAGUUGAAGAAGGUCCUCAGGGUGCGGCGGCAGAGCCUCCACGCGCUUCAAUUGAAGCUCCGCGCGGUACGGAUCGAGGCGGAGGCGUUUGCGAGUUCGGCGGAGGACGCGGCGGCGGUUAUCGCGCUGUCGACGACGGCGGAGUACGGGACCGUAGAAUUGACGGCGGAGGAAUACGACGAGCUGAUAAGGAGGGCCCACGAGGAGACGGAGCUGUGCCGGUGGAGAGUUUCCGUAUCGGUGGAGCAGAAGCUCGCGGCGGAGGCCAGCCGGAACAUCGCUCUGGCGAAGUUGAAGCAGGCGUACAGCAAUUCGAGUAAUUUUAAUAAGGCGAACGGACGGAAGAGCGGCCGGCGUGCGGCGGCGUGGGAGGAUGAGAAAGAGGAGGAUGCGAUUGUGGAAGACGAGGAGGAUUUGGCGGCGGCAGCGAGGGAGGAUAUGGCGGAAGUGGAGGAGGCGGCGGCAGCAAGGGAUUCGAGCGGCAGAGUUGGAGGAUGGAUUGUGAUUCCGAAAGGUAGGGCUCGGGCUCCGGCUAUGGCGGCGGAAUCGAAUCGCCGGAGGCUACCGCGACCUCCGGCGGCGAGGAGAUCGUCGAGUCAGGGCAGUAACGGGAGGAAGAGAAUGGUGAAGAAGAGAAGCAAGCCGUCGAUUUUCGAGAAGCUCUCGAGUUUCAUACGGGGAAUUAAGCAAUGGUUCCGCUGAUUCUGAGUUUGGAGGAUUUCCUUUCGGAGAAUUUCAUGUCAAUAAGGUCGUGAAAUAAUCCGCCGGAUCCAUUCCUCUGUCCGAUUUGGUUGCUCGGAGAACUUCCUGUGAUUUAUUUUUCAUUUCCAAUAUGAUUUCUCUAAGAUAUAAUGCGAACUUCUACAAUUUUUUUUUUUUUUUGUUGGUGUAAGUUCAGAACUAAAUUUUAUUACGGUUUCUGGCCAAAUUCCAAGUCCAGGACGAUCAAAUUAUCCACUGGUUUAUUAGCAGGCCAAACCCGCGACAACCAUGAAGCCCAAACUAUAAAUGGGUCAGUCUUCCCUCACGUUUUUUUAAAGGUUAAUAGUAGGCUAAUACUACGGUGCCGCUAUAAAACUGCGGCACCGGUGACGCUAAUUCUUAUUGGGCCACAUGGAGCUGAUGUGGUAUUGACUAGGUUUAUUUAAUCCAAGCCCAAAUAUUAACCGAGCAAGCUGGCCGAACCCGACCACCGUCAAACUAACGGGAUGCCUCUUUGUCCAUUUAGUUUUUCGUUUAAUUACAUUCAUUUUUCUCAAGAAAUAAACAAGCAAACAGGGGAAUUUUUGGCGUCUUCCUCGAUCUCUCGCCUUGCGACUGUGAACUGUUCCGGCGAACUCCACCGUCGCCGAUCAAACUCCAAACCCUCUUCUCGUUUAAAUAGAAGAUUAUAAGAAAACUGUUUGAGCCUCAAACAAAAACCGUUAACAGUGAAGGGCGAGGAUAAAAACGAACUCAAAAAAUGAAUCGUCGUCUCCUCAAUCUCCCUCUCCGGUGACGGAUGGCCUAUCGAAAUCACUUUUGACGACUCUGUCGUUGAUCAAAUCCCAAGGUCCAACGAAAGAAUCUAAGGCUGAUCAUUCUCUGUUUCCUUCAUUUAUUCUGCAGAACAUAGCCGUCGAUUCCCAUUCGUCACCUGUCACUCUGUCUCCGUCGAGCAGAACUUUGCCACGAUACCAGAUGAUCCCUAGUCAAAGAAUAAGAUGGCUAACUCCCGCUGCUUCUUCCCCAUCGCUGUAAACCGUCCCCGUCAAUUGCAAAUUACUGGGAGUUGUUUUUACCAUGGGCUGUGCCUUCUGGUCUGUUGCUGAAUGCUUGGAUUUUAUGCUCGUGUGUUGUUUUUGGGGGUGUUCUUAUGUUCUGUCAUACUUGUUGUGUCUUGUCAGAAUAGUAUAGAGUUUUAGUAGGAACUAGGAAGACUAAUUAUCACGAGUUGCAACAAGUUCAUGAUUCGCAGUGAGAGGCAUACGAAUCUGGAGUAAGUAGCAUUCGUUUCCAGGUUAUAUUAUGUUGAUGGAUUCGGUGUGUGGUUCGUUACAUGUCUUAGCAAUUCAGGAAAUGUUUAAGGGUAAGGAGAAUCAGCUGCCUAGACUGAAUUGGUCCCAGCAUGCAAAAAUAUACACAAAUAUCAUCAAUACAUAGGGAAGUUUUGAGCUUGUAUUUUCUGUAUUCUCUAGAAUCACAGAAUCCUCAAGUUGGAUUAGUAAUGCCCAGAAGCUAGGAGUCAGAGGUCCUGUUUUCCUCUUUGUUCAAUGGACCGGGGCUUGGAUCAUCCAUGUUAUAGGGUUCGUUCCCUUUCCUAAAUGCUUGCGUCGAGGCCAACACGAUGAAUAUGUUUGUUCAGGUUAGAAGCGGUUCAGCUCCACCAAACAACCAAUCCACAUUGGACGAAGAAGUUCCAUACUGCACCUUUGAUGUCUCAAACACACCACAAUUUAUUAUCCGGACAUUAGCUAGAGAGUUAGGCCUCUCAAACAAGCGAUCGAAUUGAAUUAGAUAAGUCGGUUAAAGGUUAUAAUAAAUUCCAGCUAGAAUUGCACAUUCAUCCAUCAUUCAGAACCUAUGAAGGAAGAAAAGCAGGAGUGAUUUGCAAACUUGCUUCUCGAUUUAUAAUAUUAGAAAACUCUAUUGAGUUACAGACAUGAGUUGUCUUCGAAAGAGGUAGACAAAAAAGGUAGAACUCAGCCUGAAGGAGUGAAGGGUUAGCUCUGUGUUUCUAUACAUCAGUUCACUUACUAGUAACUCUGCAAACAAAAUCACUGUUCAGAGUCAUUCAGUAACAACUCCUACCCCAAACUGUCAUUUUUGAACCCCCCGCCACUUCAUCGCUGAGCUGACUAUGCACUCUCUUCUAUCAUUUAGAACGAAACCAUUUUCAAGGUCUACCCUAGGGACGGAUCAGCAGACACCCAAGUCUGGUGACUGAGAGACACUGUCGGGUUUUCGAACACCACCAGCACUUGCAACUCCUGGCCUAAAAGUAUAAAAUAUAAAUCAGUAAUCAUCAAAAUAGUACAUGAUCAUGUCAUACAGCAAAUUCUGAAUUCAGUUAAAUAAAGACUAAAAGUCUAAAACAAAUUGACUUGGGCUUAUCAAAAUGAACUAAGAAUCAAGCAUGGAAAGUGGACAAUUACUUCUGAUAAUAUUUGGUAAGCAGACUGCACAAUUACUCAAACACCUUAGUAAGUAUCAUUGUCCACGUUUCAGAACAAACCGCGAUUCUGGUAAUUACUAGAACUUUACAACCCGCCAGCAUGAUAUACGCCACGCAAGUAAAAUCUUAACUGAAAGUUCUUUGUAGUCCAGCGCCUAAGAUUUGUAAAUGUACCACAAAGUAUAGAAAAUUGAACUAUAAACAUGAUCAAGAAUUCAAAAAGCACCUUAAAAUUGCAUCAUAAUAUUAUGAGGAUCUGUAGCUAAGGUGUUUUCACUCUUCCUGUUAGGCACCAUUACACUUCUCUUACUGCUUCAAGGCUAAACCAGAGAUGGAGACCAUGGAAUAAAGAAACAAACAAGAAGGGGCACCACUAUUUGAAUCAAGUCUCACAGAUACGAAAACAUUCAUCAUUUCUGCUUUCCUCACUGUUUCUGCAUAUAUAUGUAGAUUCAAUCAAACAAGCAUUAUCAAGUAGGUUGCCGAAAACAACUGAAGAAGGGACCUCAAGUUUCUGAACAAUUAACCACCAACUUAACACCUUAGUUAUUGAUGUAUGCGUAAACAAUAAACAGACCCAGUUGCACACCUGAAACCAUGAGAGUCGCCGUUCAACCUUGAACGGGCGUCAGUGCAGCCCCUCUUUAGGAUCACGGUAUAAGUCAGUGGGCUUUGUAGGGACUGAACUUGAAGAAGCAUCAGGUUUAAUCCCAGAGCGCUUCUUCUUCAUUUUUGUCUUUUCCCAACCAUCAACAUCAAUUGAUAAUGUCUGUUCAUCAGUCUGAACAGUGCCAUUACUUGCGAGCCUCAGUGCUUCCCUAUCUCGAUCAACAGUACAGGUGCUCGGGCAAGGGCACUACUCUGCACAUUAAAGUAAAAGCCAAAUUUCUUUUUAAAGCAAGCCUAUGCAGGGAAAGGCACCUCCCCUUGAGAGCUAACAGAGAAACUAGUAAAAACCUAUUAGCGCA